CUGAAAAUGUAUUGUUCCUAAAUCAAAGAUGGCCGGCACGCCCUCGGUGACAUUCAGUCAUGUGACCUCAUACGUCAUGUUACUGUCGACCAAUCGCUGAGAUGGGAGCUGGUUAUGGCUCCCCAGAUGGACCAAAACUAUUAGGACAGUAACUGCUGGCAGAAGACGUCUGACCGAUUCGGCGAUGCCAGCGAUAUUCCUGGCGACGUUGUACGAAUAUUCGCCCCUCUUCUACAUCACUGUGGUGCUGGUCUGCUUCGUAGUGACGUGUGGCCUGGUUCUGGGGUGGUUUGGGCUGGAAGUUCCGGUCAUACUACGGAACUCCGAUGAAACGAGCUCCAAUACCUUCAUUUCUAAGAGGCAGAUGAAACAAGUGAAGAAUCCAUUCGGCUUGGAAAUUGUUAAUCCGGAUCUUUCCACCAUUGGCACAGGCGUGACACUAAGACCACAUUGCCUGGAGAAGUGUGUCCUGUCCUGUUACUGGGGGUGCAGCGUACAGAAUGUACAGGGGGCUCUACAGCAACAUGUCUACCGUUCCCAGAUAAGGACCCCCGGAGCCCUGGAGGACGCUCUGUACAGCGCAUACCUGCACAAAGACCAACAUGUCGUCCAGAAACAAAGCAAAGAAGAAAUAUUAAUUCAGCUGCCGGAGGACAAGAAGAUAGAAGAUUUUGGCCCCGUGCCCCGGACUUGUUAUCCGCUUAUAGCAGUGCUCACGCUGGCUGAUGCGGACAACCGGGAGUUAUAUCCUAUUGUGUCAAUGCUGAGCGUGAUUCAUAUUCCUGACAGAAGUUACCGGCUCCCGAGCAGGAUCAUUUAUCAGUAUCUCCUGACCGCGCAAGGUCAAUAUUACGACCUUAAGCAACUUUAUAUGUCUGCGAGUGAUAAGCCAGCAGAGACGACGGAGGUCACGAGAGAAGACGACUCCUGGGAGAGGGACAAGGAACUGCUUCAGAAGUUGGGACUGUCAGACGAUGAUCUGCAGGAAGACAGCGGCAAGGACUGCGUUGUGUGUCAGAACGACACCGUGAAUUGGGUACUGUUACCGUGUCGGCACGUGUGUCUGUGUGACGGAUGCUUAAUGCGAUUUCAGCACUGCCCGAUGUGCCGCCAGUUCAUACAGGAAUCCUUUCCUUUACGCAACAGGACUCCACCAACCGGGUGACGAAGCUCUGCAGGCCGUAUCCGCUAUUUUCCGAAGACAGAGGGCUCUGUUCACUAGGGGGCGGGUUUUUCAAAGCUGGGACAACCAAUAAAAAUCGGUGGCUUGGAAAACCCGGCGUUUAGGAAAGAAGGCCCGGAAAGACUUGGAAUCCUGAUAUGCUAGGUGUAUGGCAUUGCUCUGUCAUAGCCAGUGCUCAGGCCAGUACUGUAUAAAUAACAUCAUUUCACCUGCCCAAGUCCCUAUACUGAAAGGCUUACUCACCCCCCUACUCACACUGCAGGCAGCCAUUUCUGUGAGUGGGACCAGUAUUUUUGAGGAUGCCGGUGAUUGGCUCACUGGAAAUGGGUGGCAGAGCAGAGUGACCGGACAGGUCAAUGGCUCCUAGUAAAUUGAGGCGGUCUCCCCUGGAAUAAUGGUUCAGCCCACACUAUGGCUGCUCCGCUAUGGAUAGGCUGUGAGAUGAAGUACGUGUUUGAAGGAAUAUUUAUAACGUGUUUUAAUUAUAUUACUCCUGUAUGUCCAGCAAAGGUAAUUAAUUGAGAUCUUCCAUUUCAUAGUUAAAUCUUAUAACUCUGCCAGAACUUUGCGCACUUAUGUACCUCUGUCAGUGUGAACCGCACAAGCAGGAUCGGACUGGACCACAGCAGUACAGGGGAAAUCCCUGGUGGUUCCCACUGCCUGAGGCCAUCACCCCCUCCUCUAAUGUCCGUUUCCAGACCAUGCAGUCUGCUAGAGGGUCAGUUACCUGGCAGAGCAGGAACAUGGGUGAACGUGGCUGCUUGGUCUGUUCCUAUAGAAACUACACCAAGAUUCGUCCUUCCGACCAAUCAAAAUUAGCGGUUAGGUCAACAGAUCAAAUGUUUUCUUGUGCGAAAAUAAUAUUUAAAAUAUAGCGUAUUACAAACUAAGAAUGUAGUUGUAAAAUACAUAAAGAGUAACUAACACUUGGGACAUCCCAGGGGUAAUAACUUAGAUAACUGAACCUAUAUUUUUGCAAUAGCAUGUAUUUAGUCUUUACUAUACCUAAUGAAGUUCUUACUGAGAUAUAGACACCGGCUGUGUAUGGGGAUCCCCUUUCAUAUGUAGAGUACACAAGGCCGGUUCUACAUCUUGUGGUGCCCGGUGCGAAAGUUUCCACUGGCGCCCCCCCAGUGGUAAAACAGUUAGUGCGCGCCAAAGGCGAGCGUCAAAAAAUAGGGGCAUGGCUUCAUAGGGGAGGGGUGUGCCCCCAGUAGCUGUGCCCCCUGUAGCUAUGUCCCCAGUUGAUUUGCCCCAAGUAGUUGUGCCCCCAGUUGAUUUACCACCAGUUGAUUUGCCCCCAGUAGAUUUGCCCCCUGUAGCUAUGCCCCCAGUAGAUUUGCCCCCUGUAGCUAUGCCCCCAGUAGGUUUGCCCCAGUGGUUGUGCUCCCUAUAGCUAUUCCCCCAGUAGAUUUGCCCCAGCAGUUGUGCCCCUUAGUAGCCGCUUACAAACACACACAAAAAACAAUACUUACCAACCCCGCAUCUGCUUCCCGACCGCUGCUGCUGCUCCGUCUGGCCGCCCGCGGCUCCUCUCUAUGGGAGAGACGUCAUGACGUCUCUCCCAUAGCAGUGCCGCACAGACACUAGAGGUCAAUAAUGACCUCUAGCAUCUGACAGGUGCGCCGGCUACAGCGGACGCCCACACAGCCCACAGCGUCUGCUGCAGCCGGGGUGCGGGUAGGCGGCGGGCGCCUGUGGGGUGACUGCGGCCACACACCCAGGCCACAUGCCCCGGGCGCAGGCACUGCUUGCCCGCACCAAGAACCGCUCCUGAGAGUACAUUAAUGUAGAAUAUACAGACAGGAUCACCAUCAUGUUCUCAAUUAUUAUACAUAUGUUGCAUUAUACUGCUCUCCCAGGACUAUGGUGCAUUCACCACAAAGCAUAAUGUGGUUUAUAUCUCAAGAACUAUCAAUACUUACUAUAUAUAAAGGGAUCAGGGUCGAAUUGGGCCAUGGGUACAGGGGAAACCCCCGGUGGGCCCCACUUUCUGAAGGCCCACCUCUUCUAGGAAUCAGGUUCCACGCCGUGCACUUGAAUUAUACAUUAUACAUGUUUCCUUAUACUGCACAGGACUAUGGUGUAUUUCUACAUUGCAUUGCUGUUAUUCAUCUGGUACAUUAUCAUGCAUGCAUUAGCAGCGUUUACUAUAUAUAUUUAUAAGGGGCCCCAGACCAUGCACUCUAUAAUGGCUAGCUAAGCCUCCGUGAAGGCUGGCCACACUCUCAACUAUGGGCCACUAUCAUUGCAUUACCCGGAGGGCCCUUCACACCCCAGUCUGACACUGAAAGGGGCCCGGCCUGUGCCCUGUAGUAUCAUUGUUGUUUACAGGCUACAUCCUGUCUAAUGGUGACCUCACCCUAUAAGCAUGGCGCCCUACCACUGCAUUUCCCCGGUAGACCCUCCAUACCCCAGUCCGGCACUGCGCCCAUCCGCGCUGUUCAUCUAGGAGCAUUUUAUGUCUGGCUGGUGCCCUUGCCUAUUGCUUUCAUUGUCUAAUGUGCGUUACGUCCUUCAUGACUAAUUGCUGCCUGGUGACGCUUAGGUUUUGUCAUUUCGAAGUUGUGCGUCUUCUGAUCGCUGCAAUAUGUCAUUUACAGAGAGGAUCUAAACCAUAGACUGAAGAGUAUUAUUAACUUUUAUAUAUAAGGUGCCACACGGGUUCCGUAACACCGUACAUAGGGGGUAAUUCCAAGUUCAUCGCAGCAGGAAUUUUAUUAGCAGUUGGGCAAAACCAUGUGCACUGCAGGGAGGCAGAUGUAACAUGUGCAGAGAGAGUUAGAUUUGGGUGGGGGGUGUUCAAUCUGCAAUCUAAUUUGCAGUGUAAAAAUAAAGCAGCCAGUAUUUACCCUGCACAGAAACAAAAUAACCCACCCAAAUCUAACUCUCUCUGCACAUGUUACAUCUGCCCCCCCUGCAGUGCACAUGGUUUUGCCCAACUGCUAACAAAAUUCCUGAUGCGAUCAACUUGGAAUUACACCCAUAGUGCAUAUAACAUAAAGCAAAAUUACAUGUCACGUGGGAGAUCAAACAGGACAGUUGUAGACCGGUUCACAGAUAUACCAAUAUACAUAAUAACAUAGCUAUAAUCUGCAGACUCCAUAAUUACCUGGACACCAUAGAGGGAGAGAGGGCCCUGCUUGUAAGAACUUUCGUCUAAAGGGUACAGGACUGUGACAAGGGUUUAAUGUGUCAUCACGGGUUUGUUUUAACUCCUAUUUAUAUCUAAGCCCCAUAGACCUGGGGCCCCCUUAUAUCUAAGCCCAGCCUGUAAGAGAAGUGUCGGAUUUGUGAGGUCUACUGAGGUAAUUAAUAUGCUAUAAGGCUAGUGACUGGAGAACGUACGCCCGGGAUUUCCCGCUCAGCUGUCUGGGAAGAUAUUACGUUGCCUCGUGUGACCAGAGAAACUUUUCUCAGCUGAUAUUAUCUCAAAUAAAAGUCAUUUUGUUUUUGCCUUAGUAUUAUUAUCUUUUAUUUAUAAGGUGCCACAAAAAAGUACACAGCACGAUACAAAGGAAACGUGAAACAUUUCACAACGCCCGGCAGAAUGCCGUAGCAUAAGUGCCAAGCAUUAAUAUCGCACCACGGACUGGCGCAGGGCUGGGCAACUCACUGCCGCUAGCAGGAGUCACUAGUGGGAGUCAUCUCACUGAUCCUUUACCCAGCAUAGGGGUGAUUCAGGGACGCUGAAGGGGAGAAGGAGACAAGGGGGUGGAGCACUGGUGUCCUGUAGUGUGCAAGGGAGGAACAAGAGGGAGAAGGGCCCUGCCUGUAAGAGCUUACACACUAAGAGUAAGAGAAGAACAGUUGGAGGGUGACCUCGGAAGCAUAAAUGGAGGAGGGUUGGGGAAGUAUCGAGUUAUUACGAGGACUGGUGCACUGCAAUAAAAAGGUAUUGAAGAGCAUGAUGCUUAAAACUGGGGAGGACGUUUGAGAGUCUGAUUGAGAGAGAGGAGUUCCUGAAGAUGGGAGCACCUCUUAAGAGGAAGGCGUGCGAGAAAAGAAGGGAGAAGAGUGGAGGAGAGGCACAGUUCUGAGGAGGAGCGGAUAUGGCGGGAAAGCCAUUCAGGGUGCCCCACGCCCCCAAAAAAUCACCCCACAACUGACAUACCUAAUAAAUGUUUAGGUCUUACCUUAAUUGUGCCUUGUUAUAUGUACAGUAAGAAGAUGCUAGGAUCCCUACUUAAAAUCAUUAGGGACAGGCGGGGAGAGGUGCAAUUCUAGGCUGAAGGAGCCUCAUACCUUCAAGUAUACAUAUAAAUACACAAUAAAGGAUAUAUAGGGGAGCCCUAGACUGCGCACCCUAACUAAAUUAUGUAAUAAGGUGCUGCCCUGCUGAGACUUAUAGUGCCACACACAAAGAGAAAAAAGAUGCAGGUGCACUCUUCAAACAUUACUAAUUAGAAUUAUUAUACAUUUUGCAAUAAAUUUUGCAGUAAAUAGAGGUUUUUAGCAUAAUCUUGGCCAUGGUUAUGGGCUUACCCACCACGUCCAGGUGCCCUCAUCCAGUAAGUCCCUAACAUUCUAAGGAUUCAAGUCCGGGGCGUGGAACACCCCCAAACCAGCCAAGCCAAUCCCCUCCGGGCAGAGCCGGCCAUAGGCAAACUAGGCAAUUGCCUAGGGCAUUUGAUAUGCCUAGGGGCAUCAGUAGCUUCUGCUGAUUAAAAUGAUAUGCGGCAUGCCUAUAUUCUGUGUGUAGAAUUUCAUAUGCAGAUACAGCCACAGUCUCACACAGUAUAUAGGCAUGCUGCAUAUCAUUUUAAUCAGCAGAAGCUGCUUGUGCGUCCUGGCCACAUAACAAUGCAAAUAAGAUGCAUAAAAAAAGGUGCCCGACGUUAGCAAUGAGGCAAGAUUUAUGAGGACACAUCUGUAUCCAAGCAGAGGCAGAGGUCACAGUGUUAGUGGCAGUGUGCAUGUGAGUGGGUUGGCUGUGCAGUAGUGUUCGGAAUAUGUGUAAGGAGCAUUAUGUGUGUCAUGUUAAAAUGCAUUAACAAUGUGCAACAUAUAUGUAAGGGGCACUAUGUGUGUCAUGUGUAUAAGAGCAUUAAUAAUGUGCGGCAUAUGUGUAACGGUACUAAUGUAUGUGUGUCAUUAUGUGUAUAGGGGCACUAAUAAUGUGCAGCAAAUGUGUAGGGGCACUAUGUGUGUCAUUAUGUGUAUAAAGGCAUUAAUAAUGUGCGGCAUAUGUGUAAGGGACAUUAUGUGUAUAAGGGCAUUAAUAAAGGUUGUCAUAAUGUGUAA